CAACAGGAACAAAUUGUCCCAACAAUCAACAUCCGAAUCUCCCGUGCGCAUCAGGGGUGGAAGUGGAUAUCGCAAGGACGGAUUGCGCUACGUUGUGGAGCGCGGCGACGACAAAAACAACAACAACAGCAGCAACAACGUCGGCAUCACUUUUGGAUACUAGCGUCGGGCGGAGGAGCGAGUUUAGACGACAUGUCCAUACUACCGUCGUUCGGCUUCACCCAGGAGCAAGUGGCCUGCGUGUGCGAAGUGCUGCAGCAGGGUGGCAACCUGGAGAGGCUCGGUCGCUUCCUGUGGUCUCUGCCCGCUUGCGACCACCUCCACAAGAACGAAAGCGUGCUCAAAGCCAAGGCGGUGGUGGCCUUCCACCGGGGGAACUUCAGGGAGCUGUACAAGAUUCUGGAGAGUCACCAGUUUUCGCCGCACAACCACCCGAAGCUGCAGCAGCUGUGGCUGAAGGCGCACUACGUGGAGGCGGAGAAACUGCGCGGCCGGCCGCUCGGAGCGGUGGGGAAGUACAGAGUCCGGAGGAAAUUCCCUUUGCCCCGCACGAUAUGGGACGGGGAGGAGACCAGCUACUGCUUCAAGGAGAAGUCCAGGGGUGUCCUGAGAGAAUGGUACACGCAUAACCCCUAUCCAUCUCCCCGGGAAAAGAGAGAGCUGGCCGAGGCCACGGGGCUGACCACCACGCAGGUCAGCAACUGGUUCAAAAACAGACGCCAGAGAGACAGAGCCGCGGAGGCCAAGGAGAGAGAGAACAGUGAAAACAACAACGCCGCCAACAACAAACAGAACCAGUUGUCUCCCCUCGACGGGGGCAAGUCUCUCAUGUCCAGCUCGGAGGACGAGUUUUCCCCCCCGCAAAGCCCCGACCAGAACUCUGUACUGUUGCUCCAGGGGAACAUGAGUCACCCCGGGGCAUCCUCUUACCAGAUGCCGGGCCUGGGUGCAGCGCAGUCGGUGCAUGGCAUGCACGGACACCCGCACCAGCUCCAGGACUCCUUGUUGGGACCUCUAACCUCCAGUCUUGUGGAUCUUGGCUCUUAGAGGCAACUUGGUAAUACUUGGCAAAAAGAAGAAGAAGAAAAAAAGAGAGACUGAUCUAACUGUAUCAGAUUGACUAUUACAUAUAUGAAAUAACACGAUGGUACCUUAUAAUAGACUGACUUGUCUGUCGUUAAAUUUGGCUAGAGCUAUAACGAAAUCAUUUUAUGCGCUUAAACGUAUCCUAUAUUGCGACCUAUAAUGAGGUUUUCUAUGGUCUCCUCUGCAUGGAGAAACACGGCCAGCCUCCCCCUGUGGAACUAUCGACUCAACGAAACACUUAAGUGGACUGCCCAUUUGCUUAAUUUAUGAUAUUUUGUUAAGAUAAUACAGAUUUAUAGCGACUUCCUGCUAUAUGGAAACUAAGAGGCAACGUUUUCAAUAGAGUCACAGUAAUUAGUUUCCAAUAAAACAAAAGU